CGCACACGCCACGAAAAAUUGCCGUCCAGGCCGCAGCCCCCCUGGGCUAGUGGGCUGCCCGGGGACCGGGAAAACAAAUGGGCGAUGCGUCUUCGUCGUCCUGGUCGUCCACGGCCGCGGCGGAGUACGACUACGAGCGUGACCCGCGGUGGGCGGAGUACCGGGCGAGCCUCGCCGUUUCGCCGCACCUCGCCUCCCUCCCACCCCGUCGUCCGUGCCCACCUCCAGCACAAGUUCUACCGCCGCUUCGUCGAUCCUGAUUUUGCUGUUGAAGGAAUGUCCUCAACCACCUCUUCCCAGACCUCAGCAUCUUCAGGGGGAACAUCUACUUCAGCUAGCGAAAAUGCAAGGUCUCCUGAUCCAGGCACUAAUUCUGCUGGGCCGGCAAGAAGCAGAAUGUCAUUACAGUUGGAUCAGCGGUCAUUACAUUUUUCUGUUAAUGCUUGGGUCCUUAUUGUUGCCUUGAUUGGCAUCCUUCCAAUAGCACCACAAUCGCUACAAUACAAGGGAUAUCGGUUGUCACUUCUUGGCACAACAUGUACAACAGGCUAUGCUUUGUUUACAUUUUACAGGCUACCCCGUGCAGGGAACAUGCAGGUUGUUCAGGCAUGGUAUCACCAUGUGGCUUCAUCAAAGGAUUUUAUACCAUUCAUGUACUGCCUUAUGUUUGUUACAUCUAAACUGCACUUGAAGCUUGUUUUGGUACCUGUAAUUUGCUGGGCACUUGAACAUGUGGCCAGAUUUCUACGGCGACAUUUUACUAAUUCCUCUUUGUACAGGACAUACUUGGAGCAGCCUUGUAUGUGGGUUGAGACAAACACGACUGCAGUCAACUUUCUGUGUUCAAAUGCAGAGAUUUUGUUGGGCUUUCUUUUGAUCUUAUCUCUGUUCUCGCGACAACGCAAUGCUAUGCAAACAUUCAUGUACUGGCAGUUGCUGAAGCUCAUGUACCACUCUCCCUUCACCGCUGGUUAUCACAGAGCUAUCUGGCUUAAAAUUGGCCGGACAAUCAACCCCUAUAUCCACCGUUACACCCCUUUUCUACAUGACCCAAUAAAUGCUGGCAUGAGAUGGUGGUUUAGGUAGGAUGGAUGUGGCACAGCAGUCAUGUAAAGGGACAUGUUUUUGGCCCAAGGAGGAUCUUUCGAGUAAGGUGCAGGCAGUGAAUGACAUGUUAUUAGUUAUUUUUUGUGGAUUUGUGCUGAUGAUAAUUUUUAGUCAGUGUGAUUAGUAAGUCUGAUAACUUUGCCCGUGAACGUAUAGCCAGUGGAGAUCUCGAGAUUAUGGCCAGUUUCUCAUGAACUGAAAUUAGAGCAGUAGUGUACGAUUGUGUGACUAAAUUCAUGUCUUGCUGUUUCUCUGACUAUAGGUGAUUCCUAACAUGUAUCAAGUUACAUCGUGGAACUGAAACUACUCUUCUGCAUUCCGAUGCUCUUUUUCAACAGGAAAUUCCUAUGUUGUUA